AUGAGCUUGCUAGCUGAACAGCGGUGCGGUUGUUCUCCUGUCGAUAGCUGCAGCUCGCAGUGCUUCAAAGCUACCUGGGGGCGCAGGAUCCGCAGGGCACGCGAAUCUGAGAGGAGAAAGCCAGCCAGCGACAUACGCGACGGGCGCAUUUUCGUGUCUGUGGUCGCUUAUUGCGACUCUGAGCUGCCUGUGACCCUCUGCGCUUUGUUGGCACAGUGCGUGCGCCCGGAGCUCAUCACAGUGGGCGUGGUUUGGCAAGGAGAGGGCCGGGUGCCUCUGAACGAGCCUGAGCUGCGCAGUUUGUGGCUUUGCGAAGGCGGCGAGGUGCACAGCCGCAGGUGGCACCUCCCACAGAGCCGUGAAGUGGAGUCUGAGGCAUUUCUGGACGGUCGCCUGCGGGUGAUUUCUAUGCGGCCUGAGGAUGCUAGGGGACCUUGUUGGGCGAGAUAUCUAGCCCAGCUGCUGUGGGAAGGUGAAGAGUUGUAUUUGCAGCUGGACAGCCACAUGCGUUUUGUCCCCGGCUGGGAUCAAAAGGCACGCCAGCAGCUUGAAUUGUGUGCCUUGCGCUCACCUAAGCCGGUGCUAUGCAGCUACGGGAGGGGUUAUGAGCUGGGCACAGCUUACAAUAUGUACCCAGGGAAUCUCACUGGCUGCUUGAACUGUGCCGCUUUCUUUGACAAAGACGACAUUCUGAACAUUCGCUACCGCUCACUGACUCAAGACUGGCAGGAGCCGCAGUCGAGCUUCUUUUGGAGCGCGCACUUCUCGUUCAGCUCCUCACAGGUUCUGGCAGAAGUGCCUUACGACCCGCAGCUGCUGAUGUUGUUCUUCGGCGAAGAGAUCCUGAUGACGGUGCGGCUUUUUACCCACGGCUGGGACCUUUUCUCGCCGUCCGAAGGCCUCUUUUUCCAUUUGUGGAAGAGAGACUAUCGGCGGGUUUAUGCGGAGGACAUGAGCGAGUUGUAUCAGGAGCUGGGUCGCAAGUCCAGAAGAAGGCUGCACUCUCUGCUGGGUUCUGGACCCACACCUUUCUUUCAGGAGCCGCAGCAGGCAUGGCCCCUGCCAGGUCCGCCUCUGCAGGAUUUGUUGGUCGAUCCUUUCGGCCUGGGUACCAAGCGGUCGCUGCAGGCCUACGAGUCCGCCGCGGGCGUUUGCUUUCGGGAGCGGCGGAUCAGUGACCGGGCGCUGCGGGGCGGGGCGGCGGAGGAGUGCUUCCUGGCGCAGGAGGAGGGUGGGCAGGCGGCCGUGGAGAAGCAGUGCCUGCAGGAGAUGCAGAAACUCCAGGAGAGUCGCCGCCACAGCCGCGAACAAAAAAGUCGGGUUUCAGCCCAAGCCGAGGGGAACAUACAAGAGCGUUUGCAUGGUUGA